AUGGGGAUACAGAAUGACCUUCCCAAUAUCGUUGACUGGACCGAUGAAUUUGAUUUCGGCAAUCCUCGGAACUUCUCCCCGGUUACUAAAUGGGGAACUACAGUGCACUACGGCCUCGUUACCUUCAUUGUUACUUUUGCCAGUUCGAUUUUCAGCACUGCAACGGAGGUGACGAGCGAGUUGUUCGGGGUCUCAAAGGAUGUCAUGCAUUUAGCAACGGCACUAAACGUUUUGGGAUUUGCAUUCGGACCCCUGGUCUUUGGGCCACUCUCUGAGGUGUACGGCCGCAAGACCCCCCUGCUACUGGGACUACUUGUCUUCUGUGUUUUCAACAUACCAGUUGCAGUCGCUACGAACGUCGAGACGAUAUUAAUAUGUAGAUUCAUCGUCGGCUUCGGAGGCGCAGCUCCUCUGGCCAUCGUUGGCGGCGCACUCGUGGACCUCUUUCUUCCCAUUGAGAGAGGCAUCGCAGUCUGCAUCUUCGCCGGCGCAACUUUCAUGGGCUCCAUAUUCGGGCCAAUUGUCGGUGGCUAUGUCACUGAAUCAUACUUGGGUUGGCGAUGGACAGCUUGGCUGACGCUGAUUCCUGGUGCUGUCCUGUGGGCGAUUCUCUUGCUCUUCAUUCCGGAGACAUACGGCCCAGUCAUCCUUAAGCAAAGAGCCCAAAAGCUUCGUUUCGACACUGGCAACUGGGCGCUUCAUGGAGCCAUUGAAGAGCAUCGACUGGAACUGGGAGAUGUUGCGCAGAGGUAUCUCGUCAGACCGAUCGUCAUGCUCUGUCGCGAGCCCAUCUUGGCCCUCGUGACGGUCUAUAUGUCGCUCAUCUACGGCAUCUUGUAUCUGUUCUUUGAGGCGUAUCCAAUCUCCUUUUCAGUCAAACGGGGCUGGAGCUUGGGCGUUGGAACUCUUCCUUUCCUAAGCCUUGGGCUCGGCAUUGUCCUUGGGGGAGUAGUUGUUCUGCUGCACCUCAGACUUCGAUACGCAAAGAUAUACGAAGCAGCUGGGAAGGUGCCACCAGAGGAGCGUCUUAUUCCAAUGAUGUUUGGCUCAGUCGCACUACCAAUAGGCAUGUUUUGGUUUGCCUGGACAAGUGACCCAGACAUACAUUGGGUUCCGCAAGUCCUUGCAGGCAUUCCCACUGGGAUCGGAAUCAUGACCAUCUUCAUUCAGGGCUUGGUGUACAUCAUUGACACGUAUGCUCAACUCUCAAAUAGCGCCAUUGCGGCCAACGUAUUCUUGAGAAGCUGGGUUGGUGCCGGUUUUACCAUGUUCGCAACCAGCAUGUAUAACAAAUUGGGCGUUUCAUGGGCAUCAUCGCUGCUUGGCUUCAUCUGCGUUUCUUUGAUACCAGUCCCAUUCUUGUUUCACAAGUAUGGUCAAGUCAUUAGGAAGAAAAGCCGAUACGCACCAUUUGCGGAUUAA